AUGACGGAUAACUACAAAGGUUGGCACAAGCAAUUGCCUUGUGCUUUACUGAGAUACCGUACUACGGCCAGAACUCCAACAGGAGAAACUCCAUACCUGCUGGUCUAUGAUACUGAAGCGGUUGUACCUGCCAAGGUCAAGACACCUUCCUUAAGGAUCAUCCAAGAAGCAGAAUUAGAUAAUGCUAAAUGGGUCCGGGCUCGAUAUGAGCAAUUGUCUUUAGUUGACGAGAAAAGGAAGGUCAUCGUAUGUCACAGUCAACUAUACCGACAAAGGAUGGCAAGAGCCUUCAACAAACGAGUCAGAACUCAACUUUUCCAAAUUGGACAGUUGGUGCUCAAAAGAUUUUUCCCGCACCAAGAUAAUACAAAGGGAAGUUCGCUCCCAACUGGCAAGGUCCUUAUGUGGUCCGCAAAGUACUCUCCGGAAGAGUGGUAG